AGCUCAAGUGACGCGAAGAAAAAUCCUGAAAUAAUUUCCUCGACAAACUUUUUACUUUCUUCUCAAAUUUCUGAAAUAAUUUCCACGGCAAACCUGCACGAAAAUAAGAAAGGAAACGCAAAUCCUCGCGCUAAAUUUAUUAACUUUGAACAAAAAGUGCUCAAUAAAAAUGCGUCAAAGAAAAUGAAUUAUGACCUUUUUCCGAUAUCUUUGAACGAUGAUGAUAUACCAGCUCUGAUAGUUGCACCUCUUCUUCCCCAAGGAAAAUCCACGGUAUCAUCAUCGAUGAGUUCGCCUGUUCUCAAGAUAUCAUCCUUGCCGAAAAAAGUCCAAGAUUUUAAGAAAGAACAGAAAGUAAAUUCUUUGACUCAAACAAAUAAAGCAUUGAUCAAACCAAAAAUCCAAGAAUUUUCGCGAAGACAAAAUAUCAUUGAAAUCAUCAAUCAUCUAAUGUCGACCCAAUAUAUUGCUUAUGGCAACUGGUCAUGUUCAAAAUGUGAUUAUGAAUGGCAAAUACGAUAUGAUAAGGUGAUACUUGAAAAGUGUCUAAAGAAAACGGCAAAAGAAUUCCGUGGAUUUUUUCAAAAGCGUUGUAAUAAUUGUGGUGAUAAGAGAAGAAAUUGGAUCUCUAGUUUUCGUCUUUUUCAUAAUAAACCCGCACAUCAGAAUUAUGAUCCUGCCUUCGAAAUAAUCGUCCACCUUGUAUGGAACAAUCAUUACAGAGCAUUCGGUCGCUGGAGAUGUUGUCGUUGCGCAAGACCAUGGUAUAGUGGUUAUAUUUGGAUGUCAUUACAAAAAUUUAUCGAUUCGGUUCAACCAUCUGAAUUGGUUCCUCAUGAUGAUUAUUAUAUGCAAAAGUGCUAUACAUGUGUUAAGAAUAAUUUUGAUGAUACAGGCCGUAUCGUACACUUCGAACCUCUUAAAAAAGCUGUGGGUAUUUCUGAGCAUCAAAUGGAUUUAUGUGCAAAAUGUCAAAGUGGUUUUCCUUGUCGUCCAACUGGCACCUAUUUUGGCUUAUAUUCUUUAAUUUAA